AUGCUGGGACAAGUACUUGUUCGUAUUGAACUCGCUCGAGGGCCAAAAGGUUUUGGAUUUUCGAUUCGUGGCGGACGAGAAUUCGAUUCUAUGCCAUUAUUCAUUUUAAAAAUGGCAGACGAUGGUUCAGCAGCUUUGGAUGGUCGUUCAAGAAUUGGUGAUCAGUUGAUAGAAAUUAACGGCCGGUCAACAUAUGGUAUGAGUCAUACUGACGCUAUUCAAAUUAUCAAACAACCUCCCAAUGUCAAUUUAUUGGUCAGAAGUACACCUUGA